AUGACCCCUGCACUUCCGGCGACCAAGCUUCUCACGAAGAGCGGGAACGCGUGCUGCUCCUCAGGUUCCUGGUCGCCAAUCUGGACGACCUUCGCCAGCGCCUGGGGGACGAGUACCACGCCUUCGCACAGGAGCUCCAUCAGCGCAUCCUGCCAGUCGUGCGCGCGCACAAGGACGGGCAUGCUGACGUCAGCGUCCUGCAGAGCCUGGGUGACGCCAUCAGGGAGCAGUUGCUGGCCCGGGGAGAAGGCGAGGGUUUUGAAGCAGAUGGCCGCGCACGCGGCUAGGGACGCGGCCGGGCUGGUGCUGCCGAAGCGGUGGCGAGAGAAACAGGAGCUGCUGAAUCUGUUUCAGCUGAUGUAUGUGAAGUUGGAAAGAGGAAGGGAGGAGCCGAGCGAAGACCUGCAGGCGGGGAGCAGUGAAGGCGACUCCACCAACUGGAGAGGCUACAUGGAGGUCGCCCUCUUCUUCUGCACCGUCCGCGCGCCCUCCGGCCGCCGCACGCCCGACGACUUCUUCGGCAGAGCGCGCGCGCACACGCCCUCAACGGGCUUCGUCCGCGUGUCCCUCCCGGACUUCGACGACGUCGCAUCGAACGGCGCGGACCUGCCCUUCUUGUGGCGCUCGUAUCGAAAGCGGCCCACCGGGAACACGAGCAAGAGCCUCGCGAUUGAGAGCUGUAUCGUGAUGGAUCUCGACUGCCACAUUGGGCACAUCGUCGGCCGGAACGGCGCCCCCCGGGAGGCGAUCGUGUUCAUUCAUGGUUUCAACUGCCGCUUCGCGAGCGCGGCCAAGUACAUGGCGCUCUACGCGUACAAGAUGCGGCGGGACGUGCCCAUCUUCGUCUUCAGCUGGCCCUCUUUCCAGUCGCUCGACCUGUACGAAGGGGACCAAGCCAACGCCACGUGGUCGGUACGUCACUUCGCCAGCUUCCUCAAGCGCCUAAUGACGUCGUACCGGCUAGAACGAGUGCACGUGUUCGCGCACAGCAUGGGCAGCCAGGUGGCCAUCAACGGGCUCCUCCGACUGACCGGUUGGAGUCCCCCGAAGGGCGCCGCGCGGCCGGGGCAGCUGGUGCUGGCCGCCCCGGACUUUGACACCGGGGAGUUCUUCGAGGCGCAGUCGGACCUUGACAAGCUGGUCGAUCGCGUAUCCGUCUACUGUUCCGCCAACGACAAAGCGCUGCGCAUGUCGGAGCGCGUGCACGGGGGGCUUCCCCGACUGGGCCAUUUCCGCAUCGACUCCUUCCUCAGCGAAACACGCCACGUGGCGCUCUCUCAAAAGGUCGACGUCAUCGACGCCAGCGGCUUCGACAAGAGCGUGGUCGGGCACGACUACGCGUUCACCAGCACUGACGUCAUCGAGGACGUUCUGGGGGUUUUCCUGGACGGGGUUUCGGCGGCGGCGCGGCCGGCCCUGCGCGCGGUGCACGUGGAGAAACGCUUCUUGUACUGGCGGCUCGUGGGGGUCGGGAAGAAGGCGCCGAAGAAGCGGGAGGAAGAAGUUGUGGAGUCGCAGAUGGGCGCCGAGGGGAUGGAUGCGGAGGGGGAUCCCUCCAAGCUUGAAAACAUGAAGCCUGAAAGAUAG